CACAGGGUUAAUCAAUCACCCAUAGUCUCCCCAAAAUGCUGAGCUGCGUCAGAAAACGUAAGAACACAGAGGAUUAUGUAACGACUGAAACAGAUAAAACGAGCGCACAAUCCUUAACCAGCAGACACUUAGCAUUGCUGCUGAUUCUGUAAAGCCGCAAACAGGAAGAAGAGCGCAGAAAUGUCCGCAUGUGAGUUUGAGUCGCUAGAAAAGUCCCUGGAGUCACACCUGCCAGAGGCCGAGCUGCAAGAGGUGAAACGCAUUUUAUUUGGGAAGGACCCAAAGAAGUUGGACCUCCCUACAUGUGCUGUGGAUGCUGCUGCUGAGCGUGACUUUGAGCUGAAGGGUCACACAUUUGAAGCCGUGCAGGAACAACUGAGGCCACCCAGAAGGAUCCGUGUAGGACUGAUUCAGCACCGCAUUGUUCUGCCCACUGAUGCACCUGUCCUGGACCAGAUCAAUGCCAUGCACAGUCGGGUUGGUGAAAUGGUUGAGGUGGCAGCAAUGUGUGGCGUAAACAUCGUCUGCUUUCAGGAGACCUGGACCAUGCCCUUUGCUUUCUGCACUCGCGAAAAAGAACCGUGGACUGAAUUUGCAGAAUCUGCAGAAGAAGGAAACACCACACGCUUCUGCCAAGAGCUGGCCAAAAAAUACAACAUGGUAGUUGUAUCCCCAAUUUUGGAGCGAGAGGAGCUUCACAGCACUCUGUGGAACACAGCAGUGGUGAUCUCCAACUCUGGAAAUGUGCUGGGAAAGAGCAGGAAGAAUCAUAUUCCCAGGAUUGGAGACUUUAAUGAGUCUACAUAUUAUAUGGAAGGCAACACUGGCCACACAGUGUUCCAGACACAAUUUGGGAAAAUAGCUGUGAAUAUCUGCUAUGGGCGCCACCACCCUCUCAACUGGUUCAUGUACAGUUUGAAUGGUGCUGAGAUAAUCUUCAACCCAUCAGCUACUGUUGGAGCUCUCAGUGAGCCCAUGUGGCCAAUAGAGGCCAGGAAUGCAGCGAUAGCUAACCACUGUUUCACUUGUGCAAUCAACCGUGUUGGGACGGAACAUUUCACAAGUGAAUUCACAUCUGGUGAUGGAAAAAAAGCUCACCAUGACUUUGGACAUUUUUAUGGAUCCAGUUAUGUGGCUGCUCCUGAUGGCAGCCGCACCCCUGGGCUCUCUAGAACACGUGACGGACUACUGGUGGUAGAAAUGGAUCUCAACCUGAACAGACAAAUUAGCGACAAAUGGAGUUUUAAGAUGACUGGACGCUAUGCGGAAUAUGCCGAGGAGCUUGCUAAGGCUGUCAGACAUGAUUUCAAACCCAACAUAGUGAAGGAGUAGAUGAUAUUCCUCUGUACACUGUAUUUAAAUAUGAAACAGGUCAAACCAGAACUAGUAAGUAAGCUGUAGUGAAUUAAAGGUUUUUGCUCAUUUUGCUUUUGAAAUCAAGUGAUAAAUAAUAAGAAACAAUUCUUUGGCCUUUAAAAAAAAAAUAAUAAUAAUAAUUCCAAUGUCUUGAAGUACUGGUGAAUGAAUUUAUUUUGAUCAAAAAUGAAAUUCAACAAAACGCUUCUGUUGACAGAACAAUGGAAGCCAUUUCAUUGUGAAAAUUUGAAAGAAAUAAUAAUAGUAAUCUACAAUAUAGUGUUUCUUUUCAGUUCUAAUUAGAAGAUGCUUUACGAAAGCUACAGUAAGUUUCUCAGUUUAAAAAAAAAUGUCAGUACUGAUGUUUAAGAUUUAGAUCAAGAUUAAUUCAUCUGUCCUUCAGAGAGCCAUGUUAGCUACAGUCUGGAACAUUCCACAGGUAAACACUGAGGUAAAGGGUGACAGGGUCAUGACUGGGUAUGACAGUGACAUCCUGGAAAGGCUCAGUGGUUCACCACUUUGUGAUGCACAUGAUU